UGACGCACAUCCGGAACAGAGGGACACAUGGAGGAAUAAACAUCGUGAGCUGUUUCGCGGACAGUAAUCCGAAAAAAUGCGUAUUGAAAAGUGUUAUUUUUGUUCAGGACCGGUUUACCCGGGCCAUGGAAUGAUGUUUGUUCGGAACGACUGCAAGGUGUUUCGAUUUUGUAAAUCAAAAUGUCACAAGAGCUUUAAGAAGAAGCGCAAUCCAAGAAAGACCAGGUGGACCAAAGCUUUCAGAAAAGCGUCUGGUAAAGAGUUGACAGUGGAUAACGCACUGGAGUUUGAGAAGCGCAGAAAUAUGCCUGUGAAAUAUAAGAGGGAACUCUGGAACAAGACGGUGGAAGCAAUGAAGAAGGUGGAAGACAUCAAACGCAAACGACAGGCCCGCUUCAUCAUAAAUAGACUGAAGAAGGGGAAGGUGCUGGAGAAGGAAAUGGAUAUCCAGGAAGUCAAGAAAAACAUCCACCUUAUCAAAGCCCCACAUGCCGGAAAAGCCAAGGCAAUGGAAGACAAGAUGGUUCAGAAAUUGCAAGAAGACGUGGAAAUGGAUGAUGACUGAGGAGGAAAUGUUUUGGUACUGGGAUGCUCCUGGCUUUACAGGCUGUACAGAUGCCCCUCUGCAUUGCCCAUCUGAGACUCGAGAGACUGUGUUUGCGAGUGAUAUUGUGUACCCUAUAUACCACGCUAUGUACAACUUCAGCAUUCUCUCAUGCUUGAGAGUGGGAGAAGACAGUAUCUUGGACAGACAGAAUUGCUUGUGCUCUAAUUAGUUAGAGAUGAAAUGUCUCCAGUAACCUUUCUAUUGGUUUAAUGAGGUAUUCUAUUUGUUGUCCAUUUGUUUUGUGUGCAUCAUUUAACAAUAGUACAUCUCUGCUUUAAAAGAAAGUGCUAUGUUCUUUUACAAAUAAAUAUUAUGGCUGUG